AUGGCGCCUACAACCAAGCCCAAGCUUCCGCAGCUGACGACUCCCGUCACGGCCACAUUUCCAUCCGAGCUGUCUGCUCUGUCAGCCAGGACGCCCUUGUCAGCCAUUCCAAUCGAAAUCAAGGAGGAGUUCACCAAGACUCCGAUCAGUCCCCCAAUCGCCUACAUGGAUUUUCUGAGGGCCAUGUCAGUCGCUUCUCCCGUCAUAGCAGAUAAGCGAUCUGGCAGCUCGAGCAGCGAAGCAGAGGAGGACGACGGAACUCGAGACUCGGUCCCGUCAACAGCCAGCAGCGAACAGACUGAUUGCUCAUGCAAAUGCGGAGAUCACCUGUCACCCGCCGCCGUUCCGCCUAGCCCAUAUCCAGUCCAGCCAAUGUCGGCGCCACCAACGGGAGUCACGUCAUACCCAAGUAUGCACAUCCCACCGUCACCCGCCAUGUCUACUCUGGAUUCACCCAUGAGCGCAUCAAUAAGAUCACCAUUCAGUGCAAGAUCAGUCCGCUCGCCAUUCGACUGGGAAGCAGCACUCAAGUCACGAUACGCGCAGGACUGCAAAGCCACCAAAUCUUCCAACAGAAGUGUCCGGCAUAUCAGAGAGGUCGUGACAAGGACUGUCACAUACACGCCUCGAAUGAACCCAGCGCCCAAGGGAAAGAGAAGGCGCACGGAAUGUUCAAAAUCGCAAGCCCUCCUGGCUGCCGCAGCAGCAGCGGGCGAAACUCUACCACCACCAACGACGAGAUCAAAAACCGCAUGA